AUGUGCGAGUCUAAGUCGAGACAUCGCUCGUGGAUGACGACCCACAGGCCAGCUUCAGUCUCCUACAACGCUGCAAUAAGCGCGUGCGAGAAGGGCGGGCAAUGGAAGCAGGCAUUAUCGUUGCUCGACCACUUGUGCCAAGUGAGACUACGUCCGAACAUAGUCACUUACGGUGCAGGGAUCAGCGCAUGCGAAAAGUGUGGACAGUGGCCUCAGGCAUUGUCGUUGCUCAGCCAGCUUCAGCAAGCACAAGUUGAGCCAAAUGCAAUCAGCUUCAAUGCUGCGAUCAGCGCGUGCCAGAAGUGCGGACACUGGCGCAAAGCGUUGUCGUUGCUCGACGAGUUGCAGCAAGCGAACUUGCAGCUUGAUAUCAUCAGCUGCAGUUCUGCAAUCAGCGCAUGUGAGAAGGAGGGUGAGUGGCAGCAGGCACUUUUGUUGUUCAACGAUUUGGUGGCGUCGAAAUUGGAACCAAAUGUGUUCAGUUACAGUGCUGGAAUCAGCACGUGCGAAAAGGGAGGUCAGUGGCAGAAGGCAUUGGCAUUGUUCCGCGAACUGCUUGAGUCGAACUUGGACAUCAAUGUGAUUUGUUAUAGUGCUGGAAUGAGCGCUUGCGAAAAGGGUCUGCAGUGGCAACGAGCUUUGUCGCUAUUUGCCGAUCUUAAGGAAGCGAUGUUGAAGCCGAAUUUGAUAAGUUUCAAUGCUGGCAUCAGCGCUUGCGAGAAGUGUGGGGAGUGGCAGCAGGCGCUGGCGUUCCUCAGCGAAUUGCGACAAGCGAAACUGGAGCCAAGCGUUAUCAGCUACAGCGCUGGUAUCAGCGCAUGCGAGAAGGGUGAACAAUGGCAACGGGCAUUGGCAUUGCUUGCAGAGCUGCGGCAAAUACAGUUGGAGCCAGGCAUCAUCGCCUACAACGCCGCAACCAGCGCGUGCGAAAAAGGGAGGCACUGGCAACAGGUGCUAGCAUUGCUCACCGACUUGAGGCAUUGUAAUCUGGCUCCAGAUAUCAUAACCUACACUGCUGGAGUCAGCGCGUGUGUGAGGGCUGCGCAGACGGAGAGAGCAGUGUCGUUGCUUAGCGAGCAGACGGCGGCCAUGAUAGAGCCCCAGCGCGGUCAGCUACCACGCCAGAAUCAGCGCGUGCGACGCGGGCGGGCAGUGGCAGCAGGCGCUGUCCUUGCUCGGCGAGCUGCAGCAGGUGCACUUGGAGCCAGGGGUCACUUCAGCUCCGCCAUCAGUGUGUGCGAGAAGUGUGGGCAGUGGCAGCAGGCGCUGUCGCUGUUCAGAGAAGUGCGAGAAGUAAGGUUGGAGCGGGACGUCGUCAUCUAUUCUGCUGUAGUGAGCGCGUGCGGGAAGAGCAGCCAGUGGCAGCGGGCCCUGUCGUUGUUCGCCGAGUCGCGGCGAGUGAAGCUGACGCCGAAUAUCAUCAGCUACAGUACUGCGAUCAACGCAUGUGGGAAAGGCGAGAGAUGGCAGAGCGCAUUAUUAUUGUUCAGUGAGCUGCAGCGGACGAGUCUCGAGCCGAACACCAUCAGCUGCAACUCGGUGAUCGGCGCAUGCGAGGCGGGCGGUCAGUCGUUGCACGUGCUGUCGCUGCUAGAGCAGGCAUCGAAGGCGAAGAUACAGCCGAACACGAUGUCCGAGAAAGUAGCGUUUCUGUCUUAA